UGUAUAAAACAAGCGCUCCGACCUUCCUCAUAUAAACAACAUUAGCCGGGGCAUAAGUAAUUGUGAUGUAUGUGACCCUGACGAUUUUUUAAACAGCCCUUAAAUAUGAAGAGGCUUUUCCUCGUGGAGCCGGUGGUGGCCCUGUAUGCUUUUGCCACUUUCCUCUACUAUCCGCUUGUGCAACAGUAUGCAUACAGGAGAAUCUGGCUGCAGGUGACAAACACCACUUACCUGAGCUCUGACAACACUUCCAGAUGUGUGGCAAACAGCAACAGCAGCAACCAGUCUCACUAUAAUGAGGAGGUACAGAGGCAGACAUCUCUCUUCUCCGUUUACACAAACAUCCUAUCCACAGUCCCAUCUUUGGUGGUCACUCUCAUACUGGUGACCUACAGUGAUCAAGGAGGACGCAAGAUAGCCAUCAUCAUGCCUAUGAUUGGCACAUUGAUCUACACAUUGUCUUUGCUGACUGUGUCCUACUUUGAACUCAGCAUUUACUUGCUCUUUGGCUCCUCAAUUCUUAGUGCUCUGUGUGGUGGUAUGGGCACAUUUCUGGGUGGCUGUUUUGCCUACAUAGCAGACUUGUGCGAGGAUGAUCGUCAGAAGACAUAUCGCAUGGCUGGAUUGGAAAUGAUGAUUGGCCUGUUGUCUGGACUGGCUGCAUUAUCGUCAGGCUACUUUCUGAGAACUGUGGGAUUCAACUGGCCUUUCCUAACCUCUUCACUGAUGCUCGUUUUGAUCCUGCUCUAUGCCAUCUUUGUCCUUGAGGAGACUGUGAAGAAGGCUCCAACUAGUGCCGUUACUUUAGAUGGAUCUCCUUGGUAUUUAGGCAUGAAACAGAUGCUCCGUGGGGUCUGCCAGAUGCUUGCAGGGGCCAGCUGCAGGUGGAAAACUGUUCUGGCCCUUCUCAUUAUUAUCUUCACUUGCGUUUCCUUUGUAUAUGUAGGAGGGAUGUCCGUGAUAACACUGUACGAGCUCAGUGAGCCGCUGUGCUGGACUGAGAUUUUGAUUGGCUACGGCUCAGCUCUGACCACCACUGUGUUCCUGACCAGCUUUGCAGGAGUGUCCCUGUUUACAUACUGUGGUGUGCCCCAGGUGCUCAUUGUCCUGUUGGGGAUCCUGUCUGUUGUAUCAGCCAUGCUCACUGCGGCAUUUGCUAAAACAACCUUGUUGAUGUUUAUAGUGAGGAUACCAAUGCUACUGUCUAUCAUGCCUUUCCCUGUACUGCGCUCCAUGAUGUCAAAGAUUGUCCCAAAGUCUGAGCAGGGAGCCCUGUUUGCCUGUCUUUCCUUUAUGGAAAGUUUGUCCAAUAAUGUAUCGUCCAUAGUGUUCUACAGUAUUUAUGCUGCUACGGUAGCGUGGUGCCCAGCCUUCGUCUUUCUGUUAUCUGCAGGACUCUGUGUGAUUCCUUUGACUGCCUUGGGCAUGGUGAGCGUGAUAGGAGUGGAUGUUGCCACAGAGGUCCAAAGGCCAAAGCGUUUCAAUUCAGAGGAGGAGAAUCCUGUCCAAGAUCAGAGUGACCACAGCCCUCUUCUUACCUGAGACGCCAGGACUACCAAACACUAACAGCACCUUGCUUGUUAAGAUUUGUUUUGUUUUUUUUUUGUUUUUUUGUGUGUGUGUGUGAUUUAUUUUAUGUGGUGUUUAAUAUAGGUUACAUUUUCUUCCUUUGUUGCUGUGCUUAUUGGAGUUAUGGGUAAACAGAUUUCUCUACCUCUCAGGUUUAACAACCCCAGUUAAAAUUGAUAGAAAUCUCGAAGGUCUGAAGGUAGAAGUCUGACCAUGACAAUGACAUUUUCAAAAACAUUUUGAAUGGAUACAUUUUAAAUGUAUAUUAUUUCUUUUUUUUUAAUGUAGCAAAUAAAAUUUGACCUUGACAUCACAUUUUUGCUCAGGGAAAAGGUAAAAGACCAAGCCACAAAUGGUAAAGGGGACUAAGAGUUAUGGUAAUCAUUUCAAAGUAUGAGGACUAAAGUUCUUUCUGGAAACAACCCACCACUCUGUAUUAUGACCAAACCGAAGACCUUGUGGACUGAAUUGGUCACUUAUUAGGUCUCUGCUUGCCUCGGGGUACGACCAGGUUGAAAAGCUCAGUUUUCCAUACUAUCAAUUAAAACCUUUCCAAUUAUCUGGAGAAUAUCAACAAACUAAAUAAAGGAAAGUGUUGUGGGAUUUUCUUUCACACUUUGGUUUUUGAGAAAAACAGAAGAAGAAAGCACCAGCACAAUUAUGCCACUACAUACCUGAAGUUUGUAAGAUUCAACCUCUGUUCAGGUUUUGUUGUAGCUAAGUUACUACAUUUUGGGUGUAAUAGUCUUAAUUAUUGUGUCAACACAAUAUUCGCAACAGUCUAAUAAAAAUAAAAAAUGUUUACCACUGUG